AGAGUGAGGGUGAAAUUGGAAAUGAAGAGAAACCGAUGUGAUUUUUUGAUUGGGAGCAUAAAAGCCAAAUCCCUGGCAAAGAAUCCCACCACUUUAACUACAGUACUAUCAUCCGGAGCCGACUUGGAAGGUUUCUUAUUUCUACUGAAGCCGCAUCAAGAUCUUUAGAAAAUAAAACGUUUAAUCUCAGAAGUACUUUAGAAUAUUUAAUUUUGAGACUGUAAUAUAAUUUCCAUCACAACGAGUUAUUUUACGCAGUAUCAGAUUCCGCCACCGUUACAAUAUAUGUAAUCCGAGCUCGAUCAGAUCGAAUCAUGUCCAGUCUAAGUAUCUACAGUGGCCUCGUUGGAAUUCACGGCAUCAGCGUCGGCAUGAAUGCGGCCACUGUGGCCGCCAUCAUUGCCAGCAAAAGGCUGAGGAAGACCCAGAAUAUCUUCGUGUGUAAUAUCGCCACUGUCGAUUGCAUUACAUCAACCCUCGCGAUCCUCACUCUUCUCCUGUCAUAUCUACGAGGCAUAAAUAUUACAUUACUCCACUUGGGAAUGCGCGCAGCGGUAAUUACUGGGAUAUUCAGCGCGCUAGCGGUCGCCAUUCAUCGCUUCAUCAUCAUCCGUUUUGAUCCAUUCAACAAGCGUAACCUCGUCACCGCACCACGCUGUGUUGUAGCCAGCAUUGCAUUUUGGUUAAUUCCGCUUGGGACAUUCACAGCUAUCAACCUAUUCAACAUAGAUGAACGCGUUGACCUUGAAACGCUCAUUUUGCCUAUGGUCUCAUUCGUAUCCCAUACCAUCUGCACCGUUUGCUAUGUAACGGUGUACUGGACAAUUUCAAACGCAGCGAACGAACAAGUCGGGUUGUCCAAUCGCAUGCUGCUACAACGCAUCAAACAGAAUAAAAAAGUGCUGGUUACUUUUGCGCUCGUUGUUGGAACAAAUAUUGUCUGUUCGCUCCCGAUUAGUUUUAGUUACUUCAUUAUCUACGUCAGACCAGACUGGGUUUUCAACUUCGAAACAUUCACGCUCAAUUAUAAGUUCUGGAUCUAUGCCAACGUGACAAGAGGUCUACUUGGACUCAACGGAAUUCUUAAUCCGAUAAUCUACUGGAGUCGACUAACCGACUUCCGCAACCUCAUUACUAGUAAUGUGCCGCGUUGUUGCAUCCCUACGCGCAGCCCUUCGAGUCAUAAGGCGGAGGGUGAGAAGAAUGCUGAGCUCUCACUUAAAACGCAGGAGAGCUCCGUCCCCGAUCCUAAAGACAGCGGUGGAGUUCGCGAGCAAGGUGUUAAUGUUGUUUCUACUUAGCUUUUCAACGGAGUUAAUGGCUCGCCAUAUACAUUGGUGUCGAUCACGGGGGGAGAUAUAUCCCAACCCCCAAUAUUUCAAAUGGGGCGAUGGGCUGUAUUAUCAUCCCCCCAAUAAUUUAGGGUAGAAACAUUUUAAUAA